CGGCUGCAGCUGGAGAAGGCGGCCUGGCGCUGGACCGAGACGGUGCCGCCCGAGGAGGUGGCGCAGGAGCACGUGGAGGCGGCCUACCGCAUCGGCCUGGAGCCCUGCCGCCGCGGCGUCUGCAGAAGAAACUGCAGAGGAAACCCAAACUGUUUGGUUGGGAUUGGUGAACAUGUUUGGCUGGGAGAAAUUGAUGAGAAUAGCUUUCACAAUAUUGAUGACCCAAAUUCAGAACGCAGGAAAAAGAAUGCAUUCGUAGGAUUAACAAACCUUGGAGCCACAUGCUACGUGAACACUUUCUUGCAAAUGUGGUUUCUUAACUUGGAGCUUCGGCAGGCACUUUACUUGUGCCCCAGCACCUGCAGCGAAUAUUUGACCGGUGAGGGCAUCCCAGAAGACAAAGAUUAUGAACCUCAGACAAUUUGUGAGCAUCUCCAGUACCUGUUUGCAUUGUUACAGAACAGCAAAAGGCGAUACAUUGAUCCCUCUGGGUUUGUUAAAGCACUAGGCUUGGAUACAGGACAGCAACAGGAUGCCCAGGAGUUUUCCAAGCUCUUUAUGUCACUGCUGGAAGAUACUUUGUCUAAACAGAAAAAUCCAGAUGUUCGAAAUAUCGUCCAGAAGCAGUUUUGCGGAGAGUAUGCAUAUGUCACCGUCUGUAACCAGUGUGGCAGGGAGUCCAAACUUGUAUCCAAGUUUUAUGAACUGGAAUUAAAUAUCCAAGGGCACAAGCAAUUGACAGACUGCAUCACAGAAUUUCUUAAGGAAGAAAAACUAGAAGGGGACAAUCGCUAUUUCUGUGAAACUUGUCAGAGUAAGCAAAAUGCCACAAGGAAGAUCAGGCUGCUUAGUCUUCCAUGCACUCUCAACUUGCAGCUGAUGCGUUUUGUGUUUGACAGGCAAACUGGCCAUAAGAAAAAGCUGAAUACUUACAUUGGGUUCUCUGAACUGCUUGACAUGGAGCCUUUUAUGGAACAGCGAAAUGGCGUCUAUGUCUAUGAACUCAGUGCAGUCCUUAUCCACAGAGGAGUGAGUGCAUACUCUGGUCAUUACAUUGCUCAUGUGAAGGACCCACAGACUGGUGAAUGGUACAAGUUUAAUGAUGAAGACAUAGAAAAGAUGGAGGGGAAGAAAUUGCAAUUGGGGAUUGAGGAAGAUCUAGCAGAGCCUUCUAAAUCUCAGACUCGUAAACCCAAGUGCGGGAAGGGGACUCAUUGCUCUCGAAAUGCUUACAUGUUGGUGUACAGGCUGCAAACCCGUGAAAAAUCGCCGACAGUUGAAGUACCAGCUUUUCUGCAGGAGCUGGUAGAACGGGAUAACUGCAAGUUUGAGGAGUGGUGUAACGAAAUGGCAGAGAUGCGAAAGCAGAGCGUGGCCAGAGGCAAAAUCAAACAUGAAGAGGUGAAGGAGCUCUACAAAAGGUUACCUGCUGAAGCUGGAUCCCCAUAUGAGUUUAUCUCUCUUGAUUGGCUACAGAAAUGGCUGGAUGAAUCUACCCCUCCCAAACCCAUAGAUAACGCUGCAUGCCUAUGUUCACAUGGAAAACUGCACCCAGAUAAAAUAUCCAUUAUGAAGAGAAUAUCUGAGUAUGUUGCUGACUUCUUCUACAGGAGAUAUGGAGGGGGCCCCAGGCUGACUGUGAAAGCCCUGUGCAAGGACUGUGUGGUUGAGAGAUGUCGAAUACUGCGACUGAAAAAUCAGUUAAAUGAAGACUACAAAACUGUUACAAAUUUGCUGAAAAUUACAGUAAAGGGCAAUGAUGGAUUUUGGGUGGGAAAGGCAUCCUUGCGCAGCUGGCGUCAGUUGGCUUUGGAACAGCUGAAUGAGCAAGAUGAUGAUACAGAACACAGUAAUGGCAAAAUGAAUGGAGACACCCAAAACAAAGAUGAAUCCAAUGAAGACAAAAGAGAGGAGGAAGAGGAGUUAAAUUUUAAUGAAGACAUUGUUUGUCCGCAUGGUGACCUGUGCAUAUCAGAAAAUGAAAGAAGGGUUGUUUCUAAAGAAGCCUGGAAAAAACUCAAGCAGUAUUUUCCAAAGGCCCCUGAAUUCCCAAAUAACAAAGAAUGCUGUUCCCAGUGCAAGAUUCUGGAAAGAGAAGGAGAGGAAAAUGAAGCUUUACAUAAGAUGAUGGCAAGUGAACAGAAAGCUUCCCUCCAGAACCUGUUUCAUGACAAAUGCAGACCGUGUCUUGGUAGCUGGCCUCAGGAGACAGAUGAACUUUACAUUGUUUCACAGUUUUUUGUAGAAGAAUGGAGGAAAUUUGUUAGGAGGCCUACAAGAUGCAGUCCUGUAUCGUCGGUGGGAAACAGUGCUCUCCUGUGUCCACAUGGGGGCCUUAUGUUCACAUACGCUUCCAUGACCAAAGAAGAUUCUAAACUUAUAGCUCUAAUAUGGCCCAGCGAGUGGGAGAUGAUACAAAAGCUAUUUGUUGUGGAUCAUGUAAUCAAAAUCAUCAGGACACUCGCUGAUGACACAAACCCUGAGAGCGCACUUUAUGAUUCUGAGCCUAAAUUGUGUCCAGAAUGCAGAGAAGGGUUGUUAUGCCAACAGCAGAGGGAUCUGCGUGAGUACACCCAAGCCACCAUUUAUAUACAUAAAGUGGUGGAUAAUAAAAAGGUAAUGAAGGAGGCUGCCCCAGAGCUAAAUGUGAGCAGUUCGGAAGCUGAAGAGGAAAGGGAAGAAAACAAACCUGAAGGGGAACAGGACCCAGAUUUUAACCAGACUAAUGGUGGUACCAAGCGGCAGAAAGUAUCCCACCAGAAUUAUGUCACUUACCAGAAGCAAGGCAUCAGACGGAGUACACGACACAGGAAAGUCAGAGGGGAAAAGGCCCUGCUUGUUUCUGCAAAUCAGACGCUGAAGGAGCUGAAAAUACAGAUCAUGCACGCAUUUUCAGUUGCUCCAUUUGACCAGAAUUUAUCAAUCAAUGGAAAGAUACUCAGUGAUGACACUGCAACGCUUGGCAACCUUGGAGUCAUUCCAGAGUCGGUCAUCUUAUUGAAGGCUGAUGAACCCAUCGCAGAUUAUGCAGCAAUGGAUGAUGUUAUGCAAGUUUGUAUGCCUGAAGAAGGAUUUAAAGGGACUGGUCUUCUUGGACACUAAAGGUUUUUUUUAUACCCGCUGGCAGCAGAGAAAUGACCAGAAGAGAAGAGGAUUUUGACAUGGUAGGGCAUUAAAAGCAAAGGUGGAUAUAUAGGACUCAACAGUUGCUUGACUCUUCCAGAAGGCAGAAACCAAUUCUGAAAUGACUGCCCCAAAAUGCCUUAUGUCAAAGCAGAUUGCACUGAAGGACAUCCUGACUUCAAGAGAGCGUCUCAAAUUUUAUAUUUAAUAAAGCAAAGUAAGGUUGCAAAGUUUAGUAGCAGUAACAGUAUAUUGUGUUUACAGACAGAACUUUCUAGCUGAGGAAGGGAGUGGCAUUUUAUUGUAUUUCCUUACUCGGAUUUCAUACCACGGUCAUCUUUCCAUAAUGGAAUUGUAAUAUAGUAGAUCAAAAACAUCUUGAUCUGUCCUAAAGUGAGUCUUUAGACAAAAACCUGCUUACAGAUAUCCUGUCUUUGAUCCACUAUUACUCUUUCAGUACAGCAUGGAAGUAAAGAAAUUGUUAAUUGUGAGGAAUGUCUAGCUUUUUCAAACUUCAUAUAUGUACCCCAAGAUGUAAGCUGUGGCCCGCCUGUGAAAGCCUUCCAUCAGUGAUUCUUAGAUGCAGAGAUCAAGGGGCUGGGAGA